CAGACAGACGAUAGGAUCGCCGUGCAUGCUGCUGCAUGCAUGAAAGGGAAAAAGUUUCAUUCUGUGCCUCAUCAACCGUUCAUCAAGAAUUACUGGGGGGUAGCGACAACGCCCACAGACGGACUCUAUAGAAGCGGAAGUUACGUCACUGCUGGAUAACUAGUGUCACAAAACAUUUUAUUGGUUGAAAUCCCAGUGAAGGACAGAAUUGCUCACAUAACUGUGUCAAAACACUUCAGUCGGCGAGACGCAGGCUCCACAGUGACUAUGGCGAGGGUAAUAGGAGUCUGGAUGCUGCUCUCCUUGUCCUCCCAUGCUGUGGACAUGUGCAAAAAGCAAUUAACCCAUGCCAGGUGAUGCACACCGGAAGGAUGACGAGCCUGUCGUUAGCACCCUCUCAUAAUGACACUACAUGCUACAGUCUGUGCUCCAUCAGACCAGCGGACAGACCAACGGACAGACCAACGGACAGACCAGCGGACACACCAGAAAUAGGAAGGAGCGAGGUGUUCAUACAGUGGAACUUUCUGGACAAGUCACGUGUCAACAAUGUCAUGUUCAGAGUCUUAGACGACAGUGAACACUCCAAGUUAUGGACAAAUGUGAAUCGUUUCUCUCAACGGACAUUGCAGCUGUACAACCGAAUUAUUCAGAUCAAGUUUAACCUUUCAAACCUCAAGAGCAUUAAACGGAUUUUGAUAUCAGUGGAGUCCGACGGGGACCUCAUCAUGCGCUGUUGUGACCCACACAAGACACGGACCUGUGGACAGGACAUGACAGUGGGCACGACUGUGUGGUCCACAGACAGCAAGAGGUCCACACUGUCAUCCACAGUCCAGCCACACACACUUCCCGCAGAUGGCAGUGAAUCGUCGGUUCCUACAGAUGGACUAAAGGCUAAUGUUGGUGCUGUUGUUGCUGUUGUCACUGUUGCUGCGGUUGCUUUUUCAUCCGCUCUAUUCAUCUUCGUUUUUAAACGACACAGGAGACUGAAGCUGUGCUCAAAGUGACGACAAGUAACAGCAAUGAAGGAUGUUCACCUGGCUGGAGUGAUGGGCAUUUACCUGGCUGUACUCACACCGUGAUCAAACUACCGUCCCAAGAAUUCAAAUUAUUCCAAGUCUACAUGCACAAGUGGAACCUCAGCAACCAAGGCCCUGCCAUUAUGAACAAGUGGAAGCUGAAGAAACAAGACAACAUCCCGGUGAACAAUGUGAAGUACCAGACUACAUAAAGCAAGCAUCAGUUUUUGCACACAAAAGCUAUAAAGAAGCACUUAUCAGAAAAUCAAAAGCAGGUGAUGAAGGUGCCGCCAUGCAUAACUGUGCAGAAGGCAGAGAGACUGCAACAGCUGCUGCGAUUGGUCAACUGACAAGAGACGACUGUGACUACAACAAAUUCUCAGCUGGAGUCGUGGGCGUCUUUAUGGACAUCUGGCAAGAAAUCAGGCAAUGGCAGGAGAGAGGGAGAAUGUGUAUAAUCACCCAAUGAAACCAAGUAACAGGACAGAGUGUCCAUAGCAACGGCCAGCCAUCUACAGAGCAGGACGCUGAUGACGUGUACGACGAGUUGCACAGAGGGCGACGGAUGGUUGUCAUUGGCAACGUCUACAGCACCACAGGACCGAGGCAAGAGCCGGGAAUGCUGGACAGCAAUUGAAGGACUGAUGUUGUCCUCAGUCGUCAGCUAUUGUAUCGUUGUCAGAAGCUGCAGAAUAGUGUUUUACAUGACACGGGGCACAAAUGAAAUGUCAGACAACAAGGUGACGGUCACUCUUGACAUCAAUGAGUCCUCAUCAUCAGAAGUGGUCAUCAUGCAGUUUGGCAGUGUUGCUUGUGUCUAUCAGCGAUAGACUGGGAUAGGCAAAGGUCACUAAUAUACAGUGAUUCUACAACUGUCUUUGAGAGCAGCAUCCAUUCUUAUUAUGUUUGUGUUUUUCUUUUUUCCUAAAGCGCUUUAAAUGGUGGGAAACUUGAUUGUGUUGUUGUUGUUGUUGUUGUUGUUGUUGUUGUUGUUGUUGUUGUUGUUGUUGUUGUUGUUGUUGUUGUUGUUGAAAUGUAAUUUUGUAUUAUAAUAUUGAAUCACAAAUAAAGUGUCAUAUUAUAA